ACCUUAACUCCCUUUGCCUUUGCCUUAUCACUCAUCACCCUCCUUCUCCUUCACCUUCACCUUCACCUUCACCUCCACCUCCACCCUGCCUCCAAGAUGUUUACCUAGGGUAUUCUUUGUCCGUACGACACACUUGAAUUCCGCAAUCGCUGGCCUCUGCAUCCUGAUACUGCCUUCUGCAUUACCCCUCCUGGCUUUGACUGACAUACCGUCCUCCCGCACUUGCAGCGCUCCACAGUCCGAGGUUUCGCGGUGAACCACCCACACGCCCAACAGUAACACAGUUUCGCGCGAUCUUAUAUCACCAUGGGCUUCCACUUGCCAUCUGUGCCAUACCCCCCCACGCGGGAAGGUUUCUGGGCGCCAGUAACGUCUACCAUCAAUUGGUGUGAGGAGGAUUACUAUGCCACGAUCUACAGUGCGGAGAUUGUUAACACGCUCACGAACCUGCUGUUUAUCGCUCUCGGUGUGAAAGGCAUACGGAAUUGCCUUAAAUAUAAACACGACACUGUGUUUUUGGUCGCAUUCAUAGGAUACACCCUGGUAGGCAGUGGCAGUUUUGCGUUCCACAGCACGCUGAAAUAUCCUAUGCAGCUUGUGGACGAGCUUUCCAUGAUCUAUAGCUCAGUCAUAAUGCUGUAUUCUUCCUUCUCUGUCUCACGUUCGGUUUUGUUCCGCCAAGUGCUGGGGUUCUCAUUGGCGUCACUGGCAAUCUUCAUCACGCUAUAUUACCACUACCUGCAAGACCCCGUCUUCCACCAGAACGCCUUUGCUAUGAUUACUAUUCUCGUUGUCGGGCGUUCCGUCUACAUGAUGGAAAUCAACCUUCGACCAUCGCUGAGAAAGAAGUACCCAAACGCUUCGCAUAUUCCCCCGGGGACAUUGUCACCUUCCGAGCAAUUGGCAAAUGAGGAGAGAGACAAGUUAAUAUUAAGAAGGAUGUGGUUGAUGGUGGGUUCCGGGGUCUCCAUAUUCUUAGGGGGCUUCGGAAUAUGGGCUCUGGAUCGAGUAUUCUGCUCAAAUAUACGACGAUGGCGUCACCAGAUUGGAUUGCCAUGGGGAAUCCUUUUGGAAGGACACGGAUGGUGGCACAUCAUGACGGGGAUUGGAUCGUAUUUUUACAUUGUUUGGGCCAUCUGGUUGAGGUACUGCUUGCAUCAGAGCCAGGACAAGUAUGCCCUGAAUUGGCCGAGUGUUUUCUUUUCACUCCCCGAAGUGGUUCUCAUCAAGGAUCUAAAACCAACACCUGGAGUCAACGGUUCUCCAGUUAAGGGUGGAUACACAAAGGGCGAAGAUAGAAAAUCUGUAUAGAACCGGUAUCUCUUGUUUCGCACUCAAUAGACUAAAAAGCAUGGUCUCGUCUAACAAAAUCCAGCGUGGGAGGAAAAAUUGGGCAGUAUUCUUCCGGAAAGGGUUAUCACUAUCUCAUAGAGUUCUGGUAGUUCUCUGUUGGUCUUAUUCCUGAAUAUCCAAGCGUAAGCGCAGUUGCAACAGUAUAUCCGCUAUCUACAUGGUGAUCAACUAUAUAUAGUAUUCGAGAAUAUGAUAAGGUAGCCCGUCCGAAUCAUUCUUCUG